AAGGAAGAUCAAGAGUGAACCGGCGUCCUAAAGAAUCCGACCUGUGCGCUUCUUACCCUCAAAUCUCUUCGUCGUUUUCUCUACAGCCGCAGCCAUAUCAACAAUGGUACGAAAUCAGGCCCUCAUUUUCAAGAGUCCUCCGCUCGAAACACCUGUCGAGGGCGAACAUUUCGCUGUUGAGACUGGCGAGUUCGACUUGGAGACAGCCCCACCGCAAGGCUGUAUCACGGUCAAAACUUACUAUGCCUCCUUUGAUCCUUAUCAACGUGGUCUGAUGCGAGAUCCGGAUAGCCAGACCUGGGCUAUUCCUUUUGUCAGAGGCAAGCCUUUCAUCAAUGGAGCAGUCGCAAAGGUGCUCAAAUCGAACAACCCAGGUUUCAAGCCUGGGGAUGUUGUAUGGGGAAUGCUCGCAACCUCGGAGUACAGUGUAGUCCCCGAGUCCCAUAUGCCUACGGUACGACCUUUGUUUAAUCCUGCUGGCCUUGACUGGAAAUACUUUACUGGUAUUCUUGGAACUGCCGGUAUGAGCGCGUGGGUGUCUCUUUAUGAGUAUGGGAAACCAAAAAAGGGCGAGACCCUCUGGGUUUCUGCCGCUAGCGGUGCUGUAGGCACUUUGGUUGGUCAGCUCGCUCUUCUGGAAGGUCUGAAAGUGGUCGGAAGCGUAGGAUCCCAGGAGAAGCUCGAAUACAUCCAGAAGUUGGGCUUUGUCGGUUUCAACUACAAGGAAACUAGUCCUGCGGUAGCAUUGAAAGAACUCGCACCUGAGGGUAUCGAUAUCUACAUUGAUAACGUUGGAGGAGAACACUUAGAGAUCGCUAUCGAUAACAUGAAAGAUUUUGGCCGAAUUGUCAGCUGUGGAGCAAUCUCUCAGUACAACUUGGAACCACAGAAUCGCUAUGGUGUUCGAAAUCUCAUGGAAUUCAUGCUCAAGAGGCUGACAAUGAGCGGUUUCAUCGUCUCAGACCCUCAUCUCUUGCAGAAACAUGCGGAGCAGUUUGGACAAACUAUGUAUGGAUAUCUGCUCCAGAAGACAGUGGCGCCGCCGAAACAUGACGUGACGAUAGGCAUAGAGAAUGCGCCAAAGGGCUUCCUAGCGAUGUUCUCUGGAGCUAAUUCGGGCAAAUCACUUCUUCAAUUCGACGAACUAUCGACUGGUGGCGCACAGUGAUUGAUCUGCAAAGUUCCUGAGACUCUGCUUGUGAAGUAGAAAGAUGGUUCGAGCGAUUGAUGUUAACCUAAAGAAGCUUACGUAUUGAACAAUGACUACGUUUGGAAAGCAAAGUGCAAUUUCAAGUAUCUUCCAUGUCCUGUAACCCAAAGAUUCGCCGCGAACCGGUAUUUAGUGUCGGG